CAGUCGCACACACAUUCACACACAUUCACACACGCACACACACGCAUAUGCAGAAACUGGCUGCAGGGACUGAGCUACUAGACUAGCUCCCCACCACCUUUUACACGACAACUAGGAGCUACACGCUGAUCCCUACAAUACCUUCACCUACACAAUUCUUGGUUGCCAGGACAACAUAUUGACUCAUCCUUCGACACAUGUGAAGAGAGAGCGAGGGCGAAAGAGAGGAAAGGUGUCCGUUUCCCCACAAGGGUUGGGUCCUGGCUACAGUCUGAAUGGUCACUGUGCUGUCUAGGGACUCUGUCUGUGGGACUGUCUGUGUCUGUGUCUGCCUGGUUUUCGUGGAAAUGGACAGGCAGAGUACCUGAGCCGGAGCGCUUUCCUACCUGUGGGAUAUUAACUGGUCGUGUCGCGUGUGUCUCUCCUGUAACUAAAGUGCCGGAACUGUGACCUGGCGCAGCCAUGGCAACAGACCUGCCUGAGUUCUAUUCCAGAGAUGGGUCCGCCUGGAUGGCUAAUGGAUUUAUGAGCAUUCACAGUGCCUGACAUCUCGUCAGAGGAGAAAAGUGCAAAGUGGCCUGGCUGUUUCCUCCUUUCUCCUUUCUCCUCUGCCUGAGCGUCUUUCUCUGUGUGUGUGUGUGUCGUCUGUGACUUUCUCUCUUUGGGCUGUGUCUCACUCAGUCCUUUCCGCUUUUGUGUUUCGCCUGGAAGGCAGAACAGACUUCCUUCACCUGACCCACUAUGUGACCCCAUGGGCUAAAGGUCGGGUUUGGAACCUACUGUACAUGACAUCACAGGCAGCACUAUUUUUGGUGUCCAGACUGCUGGUGACAAGCCAAGAAAGGACGCAUACAUGGAAUUGCUAUUUUUUGUCUUUUUUCUAACCGUGUGUUCCACUAUGUCUUCUUCUGGAUCCUUUCUGUUAUUUGACGUACAGCCAUAAAGGACAAAGAGAAGGAUUGACCCCUCGCCUCCUCACAUCUAAUGGCCUGCUGUCUCUUCUCAAACCACCAUGGUAGCUGGAGUCCAGAUGAUGAAGGAGAGCAGCAGCAGCACAGCACGUCGCCUGUGGAGGGGGGCAUGGCGGGAGAUGGCACCCCCACCCCCAAACGCAAGGGCAAGUUCUCCACCCUCGGCAAGAUCUUCAAGCCCUGGAAGUGGCGCAAGAAGAAAAGCAGCGAGAAGUUCCAGGAAACUUCAGAAGUUCUGGAAAGAAAGAUGUCGAUGAGGCGGCCGCGGCAGGAGCUGAUUGAGCAAGGCGUCCUGAGGGAAUUACCUGACAAUGAGCCUGCUGAUGCUCACGUGUCCAAGCCGACAUACGUAAAGAACGGACACACGUUGCCAGUAGGGGGCCCCGGUCGGGGCCACGAGGCUGGAAGGCUACCCUCCGACCCAGAUCACCGUGGCAACCCCGCAUGGCACGCCCACCCGGACGAGCAGUGGGUGCGCAUCCCCCAAGACGGGGACCGCCGCGGGAUGCUAGGACUCCAGGACAUGGAUCGCCGAGUUUUGGGACCACAGGACUUAGACCGCCGUGGGAUGGUGGGGCACCAGGACGGGGACCGGCGCGGAGGCAUGGGACCCCGGGGUGGAGGGGGGCCUGGGCACGAGGACCCAAGGGAAGGGCGGAGGGGCGGCGUCGGCAGGCAGGGUGGAGAGGAGCGGAGGCCUGGACCGGGUUGGCAAGCGGAGGAUGGGAGGCGAGGUGGAGGAGGCCGAGGACACCCUAACGGAGAUAGGCGAGCAGGACUGCAGAAGGGACUGUCGGAGGACGGACGGAGGACGCGGACCGAGACGGAGUGGAAGCCCACCCUCCCCAGGCACGCGUCCACCGAGGAGGGGAGAGGACGGAGAGAGUCUGACAGUCACUACUCUCCUGACUCCGAGGUUGUGCGGGACACGCUCCGGGAGCCGUUGCCCCCCAAGCAAUCGGUGAUGCCCCCCAAAUGGCUGACCACAUCCACCACCUCCUCCAGCCCAGAGCCGGGCUCCGAGGGGCCCCCUCGAACGCCCGUCCACAACCCCCAGGUCGCCUUCUCCUCCUCCUCCUCCUCCUCGGCCGUCACCUCCUUAGGCAAGCCUCUCAGGUCCAUUUCCUCGGCAGGGGCCGUGAUGCCACCACCUUCUGGCAUGAUGGCGCUGCCCUCGUCGGUCUCUAGCCCCAGCGGUGGAGGAGGAGGAGGUGGGGGCACGCCCCAGGCCAAGCAGCCCCCGCUCCCACCCCCCAAGCCCGUCAACCGCAACAGCAACCCCGGCAUGCUGGCAGCUGCCAACCUCUAUGGGGGCGACAACCCCCAGCUGCCCCUCUACUGGUCCUGCUGGAAGCGGGAAGGAGAGUACGACGUCUACCUGUCCCUGCCUGUCUACCUGUGCAGGCGCCCGGGAGCGGUCCGUGCAGCUGAGAUCCACCAGAUCUCCGGCCACAACAUGGUGACGGCCAAGCCCUCUCCCCCCAUGCCCCCCAAGAGAACCACCCCCGUCACCAAGCGCAACACGGAGGACCCCUCCUCCUCCGCCUCCUCCUCCUCCUCCUCCAUCCCCACUCAGGGCACCGGCACCUCCUCUGCCCUCACCCCCGAGGACUUGCCCGGCCUCCCCGCAGGCUUCCAGCUGCCCCCACCUCCCCCCUCCCCUCCCCUUCCCUCCCCUACCCCGCCCUCCCCUCCCCGCCUCGCCAACCCCCACCCCCACCUCCUCCCCCACCAGCACUCCUACCCGCACCCCAUCCCGCAACCCAUCCCGCCGCCCCAGUUCGACCCCCCCAGCGAUGAGGACGACGAGGACGAAGAGGAGCCCCCCCGCCAGCCCCCGGCCGUGCCGCUGCACAUCAUGAUCCAGCGGGCGCUCAACUCGCCGGGCCCCGCCAUGCCGCACCCCGACAGCUCGCAGCGCUCGGCCCACGCGCUGCUCUUCGAGACGCCGCCCGAGUACGACAGGGACGCCCGCGGCAGGCCGCUCCAGGUCACCAUACAGCCACUCAAACUGCAUGACGGUGACGACUACUCCGACGAGGAUGAGGAGGAGGAAGACGAAGUGGACGAAAACGGCCACCCCAUGCACCACCCCCACCAUCCCCAUCACCUCCACCCCCACCACCUGCUCCCCCCGGACCACCUGCCCCCCUCCCAGCCGGCAGAGCUGGAGCCCCGCAGCAGACGCUGCAUGGUGGGGGAGCCCAGCGUCAGCAUCAUCCACGAGGGGCCAGACAGCAGCGAGGAGGAUGAGGAGGAGGAAGAGGAGGAGGAGGAGGGGGAUGGGAGGAUGGGGCAUCACGGAGGAGAGGAUAGCGACUCGGACGGGCCCGUGCUCUACAAGGACGAAGACUCGGACGAGGAGGAGGAGGACGAGCCCCCUCCCAGUGCCCUGGCCAGCCGAGUCAAGCGGAAAGACACGCUGGCGCUGAAGCUGAGCAGAGGCACCUCGGUGGACCGGCAGGCGGAGAGGGAGCGAGAGAGGGAGCGCGAGAGAGAAAGAGAGAGGGAGCGCGAGCGGGAGAGGGAGAGAGAGAGGGACCGUACGGUGCGGGAGAGGCAGCAGCAGGGGCCAGACUGGCCGGGUCGCGGCGAGCACACGGGGCUGUCCUGGCAGAGCAAGGAGCAGUGGGAGGCCAUCCGCGCACAGAUCGGCACGGCACUGACCAGACGACUGAGCCAGAGGCCCACAGCUGAGGAGCUGGAGCAGAGGAACAUCCUCCAGCCCAAGAACCAGGCAGACCGACAGGCUGAAGUUCGGGAGAUCAAGCGAAGGCUCACCAGGAAGCUGAGCCAAAGGCCCACGGUUGCCGAGCUGCAGGCCAGGAAGAUUCUGCGUUUCCACGAGUACGUGGAGGUGACGAGUGCACAGGACUACGAUCGCCGCGCCGACAAGCCCUGGACUAAACUCACCCCCGCGGACAAGGCUGCAAUUCGCAAAGAGCUGAAUGAGUUCAAGAGCAUGGAGAUGGAGGUGCAUGAAGACAGCCGCAUCUACACAAGGUUUCAUCGGCCAUAGCUGCCUCCUUCACUUGGACUGUGAAGCACUUAAGCUGCUGAUGUGCUACAUGGAGGAGAAAAGAUGUGCAUUUCUCGCUGGAGCCUCAGGGUCCUAGUGCAACCCAGCCCACUUUUUCGCUUUCCUUUCUUUCUUGCUGUCUUUGUCACUCUUCUCUGUCUGUCUGUCUGUCUCUCCCUGGCAGACUGCCUUUAACAUUUCUGAAUGUACUGUACAGACCAACAGGGAAAACUGGACCACUACAAAGCAAAAAAAAAGCAAACGAGAAAAAAAAACAGUCCCAUCUGCUCUCAUGUGUAAAUAUCAAAUCAACAAAUCCAAGGCAGUGGGAAGCGGCUGUGAUGAGCUCAGAGGAACGGAUGCAGUAUUUCUCCCCACCACAGGGAGGCAGUCAUGUGCCAAGACACCCAGAGCCGUACAUAAGAGAAUCAUCAGUGGCUCUGAAGACACUAGCGUGGCCUCUGGAGCCGAGGAACUAUAAGACACGCAUGUGCUAUAUCUCUAUGGGAGGAACCACUCCAGGGUUGCUAGUCAGUAUGUGUCCUCCUGUCCUUUCCUCUGGCAUCUGGCCUCAUUGGCGUGCGUGCCCACCUCCACGGACAAAAUUGUCCCUGUUGUUGACCAGUGCAGAGUGACUUUUAGGGAAUUUUCUUCCACUUAAUAUCCUGAUUGCUAAUGAGAGAAUGACCUUUUUAGUGAUGUUUUGGCAAGAUAUCGAGUGAAACAUUCGAUGACGUCAAGCCUUGCAUCACGAGUCCGGAGACCACAGGAAGGGACGGAGUGGACAAAGAUUGACUACCACCCCUUCAGUAUAUAUACGUAUAUAUAUACUGCAUAUCUAUGGGGACGAAUGUGUGUGGUUCCUCACUCGCUCCUCCACCACACACUCUCACGGCCUUCUGGGAGUAUUUCAGGAAGCAGACCCGCCUUCUCCCCCCUCCCCUCUCACUACACUUAACGUGUGGGUCAGGACAGUCCAACUGGAGACCACUGUUUACUCGCUCUCUCACUCAAUCGCUCACAUUUCACGUGGUAUAGCACAGCAUUUGUCUUGCUCUGUUGAGCUGUAAUAAAGAUUAUUUACAGUAAUAGUAAUAAAGACGAUAAUUAUGAGAAAAAAAAUAUCUAUGGUGACAAAUACAGUAAGCAUACAGUAAUAAUAAGUGUUAGUUUUCUGGAUUGACACGGAGAGAGUGGCUAUGGACAGCCAAAUGGACUGCAAAAGACUGUCCAAGCACGAAGGCACGAGCUCUGGGAUACGUGUUUAUACGUGCGCGUGCGUGCGUGUGUGUCUGUGUGUUUGUGUGCGUGUGCGUGUGCGCGUGCGUGUCUCUGUCUGUCUGCGCGUGUGUAUAGGAUGUUGUAAUAUUUUGUCACUUAGACUGACAGUUCGAAGAGUUAUUAUGAUAAGAUGACUGUAAGUGUCAAAGGUUUUAUUUUAUUUUAUUUUAUUUUGAGCACCUCUCUAUGGCCUUUUAUUCUUUGCUAUGAAACCUUUGAUAAAGGUUAUCAUGCUACCGUUGCCAUUUUAGCUACCGAUUUAGAAAACAAAAGAAAUUUGAGGUGAGUUUUAGAAGUAUUAUUAGAUGCAGGGUCUUUUGUCCGUUUUUUUAUAUGUUUUAAUAUUCCAAUCUUGGGAUCGCAUAAAGAACAUUUAAUAUAGCUGCUGCUGUCAUAAGAGGAGGCAAAGAUCAGGGUUAUUCCACAUUGACGUUUUAUGAACAUGUUACUCAGAUUUUUACACAAGGUCAACACAUGUUUAAUCUGAAAUCAGCACGCUAAUUUGUGCAGACAUGCCAGGCUCUGUAUGCCCUCUGUGUCCAAAAUUGCACUGAAAUGAUGGGUUUUUUAGUCAAAUGAAGGCAAUUACUCUUUAAUAUGAAGGUUCAUAGAAAUAAUUCAGACAAACUUAAUGAAAUUAAUUUAUAAUCCUGUAAUCCUGUAGCAGACAGGGGCGUAAUUUCAGUCAGAGAAUUAUUGAUAUUUUUUUCUGUUUGGUCUGUGAUUCAUGGCCAGUGAAGAGGGUGUUCCAAUGUAUAGAUUGAUUGUGUAGAUUAAACUGACUGUGUAUAUCUGGUCUUCCUUUUAUUUUGAAAAAUAUUUUAAAUAUAAUAAAUGUGAUAUAGGUUGCUAUUUUUUUAAGCACAAAAUAGUGUAUGACUACGAUACCUCUACCAGAAUGCAUUCUGUAGAGAUGUAUGUUUUACUUUUUUCCUUUCUUUUUUUUGGGAAAUAUGACAGUAAUAUUUCAGUAACUGAUAACAUUUCUCAUUAGCUGUAAAAAUCAUCUGAAAACCCCAAUUAAAUGCUUGGAGUGUUAAGAUGCUCAUGUUUGUGUGCAUAAAAUUGAUUUUAUGUUUAUAAUCCAUGAAACAUGCUUGCACAUCACAAAUAAAUUCAUUGGUAUUUGUCGUUACUACCCGUGAAGUGAUCAUGUCUGUCACUCAGCUCUGACUGGGCUCCACAACUUCUCUUGAUCUGAGGGCUACCUGCAGGAUGAGA